AUGUUCCAGAUCCGCGAGACCAAGGUCCAGCAGGGUGAGGCGGGGGGGAUCACUCAGCAGAUCGGCGCCACCUUCUUACCGCGUUCGGCGUUGGCGGAGAAGACCGCCGCCGUCAACAAGGACGCGAGCUUUGCAGUAGAGAUGCCUGGAAUGCUCAUGCUCGACACUCCCGGGCAUGAUAGCUUUGGUAAUCUUCGAAAUAGGGGCAGGAGCAUUUGUGAUAUCGCCAUUCUGGUGGUGGAUAUUACCCCCCAGACCAUCGAAUCUCUGCAGCUACUGAAGAAGGAGGAGAUACCCUUCGUUGUCGCUCUGAACAAAACCGACAAGAUAUGGAAGGACGAGGACGAGCAUUCGUCCGACUUCCGGAAGUUCUUCGGUUUUCGGAUCGAGCAGAUCAAGCUCGCAUUCGCUGAGCAAUCCACGAAUGCAGCUAUCUUCGACGAGAACCCAGAGGUCGACAUCGCCAACCGAGACCCAGACGCCGUCGCUUCCCUCGUGCCCGUCUCCGCUGUCACAGGCGAAGGCAUUCCCGACUUGCUGAAGCUGCUCGUCAACCUGACCCAGCGGGGCAUGCGGGAGGAGUUGAUAUUCUCCUCGAAGGUGGAGUGUACCAUCCUCGAGGUGAAGGAGAUCGAGGGAAUGGGGACCACGAUCGAUGUCAUCUUGACAAACGGGGUGAUGAAGGUAGGGGACAGGGUCGUGCUGAAUGGGAUGGACGGGCCAAUCGAUACAACCGUUCGAGCGCUUCUUACCCCUCAGCCGAUGCGAGAACUUCGCAUCAAGUCCGCUUACGUCCACCACAAAGAGGUCCAGGCCGCUCUCGGUGUCAAGAUCUUCGCGCAACAUCUCGACAAGGCCAUUGCCGGCGGCCCGCUGUACGUCGCGGAGGACGAGGACGAGGUGGAGUACUACAAGGAUAAGGCAAAGGGAGAACUCAACCCGCUCAACAAGUUCAUCGCCGAAUCCGGAAAGGGUGUUUGGGUUCAGGCAUCUACCCUCGGCUCGCUCGAAGCGCCCCUCACCUUCCUUCAACAUGAGGAGAUUCCAGUCGCGGACUUCGGUCUCGGUCGCAUCCACAGGAAGACGAUCGUACGCGCAGCAAACAUGGCGGACAAGGCGCCCCAGUACGCAGUCAUCCUGGCCUUUGAUGUCGAGAUUGAUGCAGAAGUAGCGGAGUUGGCACAGAAGUCGGGGUUGAAGGUGUUUUCGGCUCUGAGCAUUUAUCAUCUCCGAAACGCUUCCAAGGUAUACAUGGCCGAGGUCGCGGAAGCGAAGCGGCAGGCCGCUAUGCCAAACGCCGUAUGGCCCUGCCGCCUCAGGAUUCUGCAAGCCUUCACCCAUAGGGAUCCCAUCAUCCUUGGGGUGGAUCUUAUUGAGGGAACACUGAAGGUGGGCACGCCGGUGGGGGUCUUGAGGAGGGAUAAGGCGUCGGGGCAUAGGGAAAUAAUCAAGCUUGGGAAAAUCACUUCUAUUGAGAUCAAUCACAAAUCAUUCGCCGAAGUAAAGCGUGCCCAGAUAGGGGCGGGGGCAGCUGUCAAGAUCGAAAGAGCACCGCACGAAGCGGCCAAAUUGUAUGGCAGGCAUUUCGAUGAUAAGGAUGAAGUCGUCUCCCUUCUGUCGCGUAUGAGUAUCGAGACCCUGAAAUCGGACACCUUCCGCAAGGAGGUUGAGAUGAGAGACUGGGCGCUCAUCAAGAGGAUGAAGGUGGAGCAGGGGAUCCAGUAG